CCCACCCUAAACAAACAAACACAAGACAUACAGAAAUAAAUAAUUAUAAAUGAGUGAACCGCGGAACCAAGAGAUGCUGGAUCUUAUUUCAGUUCACAAUUUUUCGGAGAGAUUCAUGGAGCAGACCGUUCAUUUUCACGUCAUGAAGCUCAGUGGUGGUUUUUUUCUCUGGGUCGGUUCGAGUCCACUUUUGUCCAAUUUGGCCGUUUCAAUGAGCAGCAGAUACGACUUAAUGCCAUUAUCAACACUCGUGAUGGGGGAUCCUUCUGAAACUGCUCCAAAUUCUUUGGCACAGAGAUUAGCAAAGAAGACAAAAAAACAAGUAUUUAUGAGUUACAACCUUCCAAUGACUGACUGCAGCCUCUCUCUGCUUGUGGAAAACAGAAUAAAAAAGGAACUUCAGCUUUAUCCAGGGAAAUUUUGAUUUUUAAGUGAGCCUCUUUGUAUGUUAAUAUGGAUAUCCAUGAACAGUAACAGCAGGUUGUUCACUUAUUUUUUACAAGAACAUACACCACAAUCACAUCCAGUGUUUUUAUUGACACAAUAAAUUAAGUGAUUUUAUUAUCAAAA